UCCACCUUUUCACCAUCGCCCGACGAACCACACCACACUCCCGCACCCCUUUGGGCCAUCCCUUUCAUCAGCAACAAGAGCUCAUCCCUCGCUUCUUGAAUCACAUCAACAGACAUUAACAAUCCCCUCGUUUCGCGUUUAUUUUCAUCAAACCACCUCGCUGCUAUCCCAGUCCUGCUUUCCAGCCUCCGCUCAUCCAUUUCAGCUUCGUCUUGUAAACCAACCACUUUUCAAAAUACCUUCGUUUUAAGCCAUCUCUACGCGUUUCCUCUUCUGCCUACCAUCAUCCUUUUCAAUUUGCUAAAGAUCUCUGGUGGCUGUCAACGAUGAUUACGGUCCCCUCGCAAGAGAUUGCGGUUUUUCUUGGGAAUCAUCUCGACCAGGUCCUGCAGCAGACCGCUGUGGAUUUUGUCCAGUCCGUCGCGGCCAAUAGGCAGUUCAGGGCCGGAUGUACGCUUAUGGAUAUUCUCAACGGCGUCGAGUCAGUCAACGAACGGAUACGAGUGGUUUUACAGGAGCAAUCCAGGGGCAAACCCAGCCGAGGAGGGCAUGCUUCUGAGAUGGUCAUGGUUCGGAUAACGUCCCUGUAUCUACUUUACAGUCUUUACAGCGGACUGCCCAUCCAGCAGAACCCAUUUCUCUGUUUGUUUAUGGACACUUAUAUCACGUCGCUGCAACACGACCAGCAGCGACCAGAGCGAUUUGUCAUCAGCGUCAUUUUGAACGGUGACGGCGAAGAGUUGGCCCCAAGUACGCCAUCGGAACUUGUCGCAAUUGCACAAGAAGUCGAAUCGAAACCAGUCGAUCUGCGGUACUUGGAACAUCUUCUCCCGGACGUGCCCAUUGAUGACCAGUUGGUUUCAGGACUAGGCUGGGAGAGCGUCGGACAGCAGAGACGAGGAGACAAGAAGAGUGCCUGGGACUCGCUGGUGGAUACUUUGACUGGCCCUGAAUCACUAUACGCCAUGGGAAAUGACAGUCUCGAUAGCAGGGCCACUUCGAAUACCAGUGGUGAUAGUGGAUUGAGUAGCGGAAGAGCUGAGGAAUCAUCAACUAUUACAGCCGACAACAAGGAGGCACAUAUUGGCAACGACGGGGCAGAGGAGGAGGAACUGGAGGAAUGGGAGAUCGAAGCCGAGAAGCACUUCCAGGACUUGGAGGAUGUUGCGCCUGCACCCGCAAAGGUGAACAAUAAGCCCAAAAAACCAACGGGGACCACUGUCAACCGCCAGCAAUUGAAUGCCAUCAUGGAACAGGCGACCACCCAACCGCUGACCUUUGACCAGGAGCAGUUUAUGCUCUCUCAGUUCAAUGCUGAUACGGCUAAAGUCCAUAUUCCGCUGCCGCCUCCAGAGGCACUCCCCGGCAUAGUCGACAACAACCCAACAAUAGCAUUUAAUUUGCUGCUGUACUUGAUCCAGCUUUCAUCAGAUAUGGACGGCGGCGAUCUCGCCAGCUCCGGUCAAAAGCCAAAUGGCAGCAGCGGGAGCUCAGGAAAGGCCGGUGACAAGAGGAGCAGUUUCAGCAGUCCAGAACCAUCCAUCGUCGGCCCUUAUCUGGAGACGAUGACCCGGGCCAAGCGCCUGACUUUGCAUUCGCUCGAGGUGGUGAAUCGCCUGACGGGGGC